AAACCUUGGAUCAAUUGGAAAUAUUGUAAGUUCUUAAGCAAAUAUUUUCGAGUGUUAUUUCUUCGGACCAGAUCAUGAAGAAGACAGUGUGAAAGAAAAAGUAAAUGUUUUUGAUUGUUGGAUAAGACCAUGAUUCUAACGAAAUACACAUUUUAGUAAUCGACUUUGCGGUUGUCUAUGGUGUAUAGCGAUUAUCAACAUUUGGAUAAAUUCUGAAAGAAAUAACAACUACCAGCAAAAUGUCUUUGAAGAAACUACUUGGGUCUGCUAUGAGAAAAAGUGUGCCACAGAAAAUAGACGAGAAAGAUGACCAGAUACCGAGGGCAUCGUCCAAUGUUUCUAUGGCCAGUAUCUUAAGUAGAGGAAGAGGAAGUGAUGAUGGAACAGAAACACCAAAACAAUUUGGUAAACUAGCGGGUCUGCUGGUCAAAUCUAAAUUAGCUGCCUCGAUAGCUGCUAGUGCAGGGGGAACUAAUUCAACUCGACCACAAGUUAAAAUAUGGCCAGAAUGGACAGAAUCUGAACUUGCAGCGGAAAAAUGGGAUGGCAAAGGAGGAAAAACAGAGAAAGGGAAGUCACCAGUGGCAUCUCAACUUUUCGAUGAUCCUGAAGGAAAAAUUGAUAUGCCAUCUUCAUUAAAAGUCGCCAAAUGGGUUAGAGCUGUUGAUUUUAUGGCUGAAAAGGUAGACUCGACCCCAGUAGUGGUAGACCCUGAUGGAAUGGCAUCCUUUGAUCUCAUAAAGGCAAAUGAGCAUAUCCAUGAAAGUGAGCUAAUGAGAUAUAUCAUCAGUCAGGUAUCAGCUUUGUGGGAGAUGAGUCUCACUCAAAACCCUCCAACAGAAUCUGUGGACCCUGCUAUUCCUGUGGAAGCCUUGGCCCACACAUGGAGACCAUGGGAACAUAUUUAUACCAGUAAACCACAGAAAGGUCCACAUGUACCACAGUAUAGUGCCUAUGGAAAAUAUGUUGUCAAGUUAUAUUGGAUGGGAUGUUGGAGAAAGCUAACUGUUGACGACUCGCUUCCCUUAGAUGAAAAUGAUCGUCUGCUGCUCCCAGCAACCACUAUGAGUCAUGAGUUAUGGCCAAUGUUACUCACCAAAGCUUUGAUUAAAAUUGCUUCAUUAGAUUAUGCCGGAGGCAGUAGCAGCAGUGAAUUUGGUGACUGCAGUAUUGUACAGUGUCUAACAGGCUGGAUCCCAGAGUCCAUUCCACUACAGAGUUUUGUAUCUACUUCAAACAAUGAUCCAUUUGUGCCCGCUAGCCAGGUGCUUGACAAAUAUUUCCAGCUAAGUUCGCAGGCUAAAGAUGGGGAAACUCCUCGUAGGGUAAAGAGUGCAAGUGACGCUUCACAGGUUGUCAGAUAUGGCCAUGUUAAAGAAGUUUGGGAAUUAUUAAAAGUAUCAUUACCAGAAUGGAAACUGCCUUUACAAGAGUGGGAAAAAGAACUUCUUGAACAACAAGAACUUGAAAAGAAAGGAGAUGAAGCCUCUUCUCCUGAAUUAGCAAAGGAAGACAAAUCUGAGAAGGAUGCAUCUAGUAAGGCAGAGAAAGAUCCUAAAGCAAAGGACGGGAAAGACAAAGGAAAGGAUCCAAAAGAAAAAGAAAAAGGAAAAGACAAAGACAAAAAAGAUAAAGAUAAAGAUAAGGACAAGAAAGGAGAUAAGGAGAAAACUGGCCUAGAAGAUAAUGUAGUUCCAGAGAAGCCAGAAGUUGUUGUAUUUGCCACAUAUUGGAGUCCAUCAAAAUAUCCUGUCAAAGUCUCUGUCAUGGGAGAAAUGGCGAAUGCAAGUGAAAAACUGAGACAGAAUGGACUUUCACAUCUAUAUCCCCACCCAGUAUGUAUUACACAGACUAGAUCCUGCCCCCUAGAGCCACCACCCCCUCCAGAGAAAAUACCCGCCUGGAAGUUAAUAAGACCUAAGAAGAAGAAAACAACACCCUCUGAUGAACCUGUGGCUGAGCCAGAACCACCCAAACCAAUUGAAUGUUUAGAGAUAACAUCACCAUUUGUUAACUACAAAGUUAGUCCAGUGCCAAUACCUACAGAAACGCAUCGUCCCAAGUCCUCCCUGGAGAGAGGAGGUACCAGGUCCAGACCGGGAACAGCUAACCCUAUAGAGGAGACUGAUGAGAAUGCUCCAGAACAAGAGGUGAAGAAAGUAGAGGAAGUUGUCAAACCUCCUGAGGAACCAGUCCCUGUGGAGGAACCGGUUGAACCAGUAGAAAAGCCAUCUACUCCUGGAAAAGAGAAACGUAAAAGUUCAGGCACUAAAAGAGAUAAGGAUAAGGAUAUUGCUAGCCGUGAGGCAUCGCCAGGUCCAAAGAAGGGAUCAGCUGGAAAACCAGAAAGAACAAAGAGUGCUCGAUCAGAGUCAAGAUCAAGUAAAACUGAUGAAAAGGAAAAACCAAAAGCUCCCCCAUCUGAGAGUGGUGGCUUAGCUCCCCCUCCCCCUGCAGACUCCAAUGCCACAACUCCUGACCCUAAUGCAGAGGAAGGCACUGGUGAAGAAAAACCUGAAGAGGAAAAGACUGCAGACAGUGAUGCAUCAAAACCUAAGAAAGUUUGGUUGGAUUUUGAACAGUUUUGUAAAUGUUUUAAAACAUUAUAUAUUUACCACAAGCCAAACACAUAUAAGUACAAUCAUAAACAUGGAGAUUUGAAGCUUGAUGCUGUCGCACAGUUAAACUCUGUCGCGGGAAAUCCUGCUCCCGUCGUUGAAACCCCUAAUACUACUCUUAAGAAGAAUGUAACACCAUCUGUGGCUCCCAUUGGAAAGGGAGACAAGAAGGGAGCACCCACUGCGGCCGGGGUAAAUACGUCUUCUUCAAAGACAUCGCAAACACCUACACACUCUGCACCGUCUCCCACUAACCUACACAGUUCUUCAGGAGACGACAGGUCACCAAACUAUUUGUUUGUUGACAACUUGAAGCCAACAGACAUAGUGAUUUUGUUCUCUGCCAUUUCACGAUUACAUGAGCCACCACCACUAGCUGUUGAUGAACCUAAGAAACCACAUACAGCAGGGAAAAGGGGAGAUAAACCUGAUCUGGAAAAAGAUACUACAAAUAUGACAGAUCUAACCAUUGAUGAGGAUCUAAUAUUUACAAGUGCUAAUGUGGAAGGAUCAGUAGUUGGUAGAACACCAGCCCCACCCCCUCCAGUCACCCCAGGGACAUUGGUUGCUGAACCCUACUCCUGGAAAAGUUUGGUGACAGGACAGCCAAUACUUCGUCUACGCACCACUGGUAACAGAGCAGCUGUUCUUAGCCUACCACCAGGACGCCAUGUUCUGAGAUUUAUGAUGUCUUCUCCUCUUGGACAUACAGUGCAUCUUUGUUCUACCAUUCCAUUUGUAUUUGGAGAUGAAGAAUCUGUUAUGAAAGAACUUAGAAAGGAAAGUUGCAGAUUUGUUGACAAUGCCACCCAGGUUAUUAACUGUAUAGGGAAAUGCAUUAACUCAUUUAGCGACCCAGAGGGAUUCAAACAGAACUGGGAGGAGUUAGUCACCUGUCACUGUCCAUACAGAUAUGACAAAACAAUGUCAAAACAGCAUCAUUUCCAGAUAUUUAAUCAAGCAUUAUACCACACACUGAAGGAUGGCUUGUCAGAGAUGUUGUCACAUGACUUGGCAUUCGCUUGGAGAACUUUUACAUUUGAUGCUGUUACAAAGAAUAUCUUAGGCCUACCUACCAGCAGCCGGCCAGGGACAGGAGGAUCAACCAGAUCAGCCACUAAACCAGUCAAGGGAGAGAAAGACAAAGAUAAAAAAGGAGAUGCUGAUAAAAAACAGGCAGCCCCAGUAGAGGGAGAAGCAGAUAAAGCAGAAAACCAAUGGGCAAAUAGGGAGAUGACUCCAGAUGAACAGAUUGCUUUGGUUAAAAUCCAGAGAAACUGGAGAGGUUCAUGGGUCAGAAAGAUGACACAGGCUAGAACUCCUGGAACUGAAGUAAACAAGAAAGUAUCAGAAACUCUACAGAAAUCCUGGGCUGUAUUAGAACAGAAUGCUGAACAAUAUGGAUUAUCUCUCUUCAGAUAUAUGUUCAAACUGGACCCAGAUGUCAUGGUCAAGUAUCCUUUCCAUAAAGAUGAAUGGAACAAGAUCUCUUAUGAUGAUUACAGUGGUCAGUAUCCAGACCAUCCUCCAAACUCAUGGUUUGUUGUCUUUAGGGAUAUUUUCCAUGUAACAGAAGAGAUGUUAGCAGUACCUAAGAUGUAUGUUGGUAUUAACACAUGUAUGUUACAAGUUAUCAAUAAUGAUACAGGGGAAGAGAUACCAAGGGUCUUCCAGAAAGUAGCUCCUCAUGUUUACAAGAAAAAUAAGAAAGGAUACACAUUUGUGGCCACAGCAAGGACAACUGACCAGGGUAUACCUAGUGGACGAUGGAGGAUGAGAAUGAUUGGAUCCCUCAGCCCCCUCCCAAAACCUGACCCCUCAAAUCCAUCCAAGAGUGAACUCAACAGUAACUUCAGAUGUAUAGAAGAGAAAGACUACUACAUACCCAAUCCUAAAAAUGUUAUUCUGAGGUACACUGUAAAAGUAUUAGAGGACCAUGUAGGAAGCAUCCAACUAAACACUUCCAAAACUGAUGUCUAUAUAAAACUGACUGUACUGGAUAAGAAUGUGGAAGUAGCCAGCACAACAGGAAAAGGCCAUGCAGUCUUACCAGCAUUUAUCUUCUACAGGGACUAUGACCCUAAUGAACCUAGACCUAGUUCUAGAGCUUCCAACAAAGAUUCCAAAGAGAAAGGUGGCAAAGGAGGAAGUAAAGAGAAUGUUGGGAAGGGUGGAAAAAGGACAAGUUCAGCUAAAAGUAUAGAAAGAACUGCUUCUAGGUCAAGUCACCAUUCAGAUGCUGCACUGAGUGAUGGUGAAGGUGAUCAAGAGGUCAAGAGUCACAAGUAUGUAAUCCAGGCCACAGUGGAGAAGGAUAGCUGGCCACUGGGUGAAUCUAGCUGGGCGUUCGUACAAAUGUUAAAGGAAAUGGAGAAGAAUGAUCUGAAAACUAUACGAACUGAAGAAGAAAUUGAGCUGGAAGCCAUCGAGGAGGAAAAAAACAGUAAACCAUCAUCAGGUUUUAAAAAUAAAAUGAUGAGUGUCCGUUCAAAGAUGAUAACUAGCAGUGCCUUAUUGAAAGUUGCCAACAAAGAGAGACCUGCUUCUCCACCAAAACAAGAGAAAGUUCCUGCAUCUGCAAGUACAAAUAAGUCAGGAGCUAAAGGAGGAAAAGGAGGCAAAGACAAAGGGAAGGACAAAGAUAAAGACGGGAAGGGAUCACGUCCACCAUCACAAGCCUUUGAUCAGAGUAAACCUCAUUGGACAUUGAGAGUUGUCAGUGAUGACAAAGAAUCGGAAAAUAUUGAAGUAAAGAAAGACACUGAAAGAGCAGAUGAAAUCCGAGCCAUGAAGAAAGCCUGGGAGACUGCUCAACCUGGACGUGCAGCAAAGGCAUUACAGUCCAGACUGAAGUAUUUGAGCACACACACCAUCAAGUUACAUCCAGACAAAGAGGAAGAAGAAGGCGGAGAAGAGAAGAAAUCAGAGGAGGAGGGAGAUGUAAUGCCACCUCCUACUCCUAUGUCCCUUCACGAGGUUGGGGAUGAGAACCUUACAUUGGAGCCUCCACGACCACCCACACCUAAAGAAAUGUUGGCACCUUUGGAUGUUUCUCCAUUUAUAAGGAAAGGAUCAAGAGAGCCGAGGUAUUUAGAUGAUGAGGAGAUACGUCGUCGUGAUGAGGAACAGAAACAGGAAGUUGAUGAAUACAACCAAUUCAGAAACCAGGUCAAAACAUGGCGGGAUACUGAUAAAAAUAACAGAAAUCAAAUUAAAAUCAGGCAACUGGAGGAAUGUGAAGAGUUGCAGGUUAUACUUGAUAAAGCUAGAGAAGAAAUUAACAAACCUAGAGAAGCAUUUAGACAAACAUAUUUAGAAGCAGAAAGAAAACGUUUAGAAGACCUUGCUGAAAAGGAAGCAGCAUCAAAAGCUGAAUCUGAAACAAAAUCACCUAAAAGAGGGAAAAGUGCCAAGGGUGCCAAAAGUCCUGGCGGGGGAAAGAAGAAAAAAUAAUAAUUUUGUGAUUAGGAAGACAGUUAUUGAAUUUGACAAUUUAUUUUGUUACAUAUUUUUAAAAUUUGAUGAAGUGCUUAUUUAUGUAUUGUGUAUAUGAACGAAUAUGUAUAAUAUUAGUCAUGAAAUGACUGAAUGUAGAUUUGUGAUAUUGAAGACAGUCUGAAGCCAGAUGAACAUUGUGUGAACAAAUAUUGUUAUGUAAUGCCUUUUUUGUGGAAAUAUGUAUUUUGUGGCAUUGAUAAUGAAAUUGUACAUAGAUAUUUUUUUUUGUUAUAAGUUUUGUAUAUAGAAUAUGAUAAAAGGUUUAGUCAGGAGUGAAAAAGUGAAGAAGAAUUUUGUUUUCAUCAGAAUUGAAAUAUUGACAUGUAGUAUUUAUUUUGUAUGAUGUUUUGUCAGUGUUUAACAAUAAGCAUAUCUGUGAUAAACAUGAAUUAUAUGUCUCUCUUUAACUCUUGUUCUACUUAAUGAAAAAGUUCCUGCUAUAUCAUUAUCCAAAAUUUUACAUUCUUGAAAAACCUUCAACUAUAUACAAAGAAAGCUGGAUCAUUUUCUGAACAUAGAAAAUGCUUCAUUGAAAAGAAUUUUUAGACUACAUUUAAGGGUUUGUUUAAAAAAAGGAUAUUCCACUUCAUCAUGAAAUUUUCCUGAAAAUAAUUAAAUUUCAAUUCUUAUAUUUAUGCAAGAGCAAUAAAAUGAUAAUGUAGCAAUAUACAAACAUAGAGUUGUGUUUAUUGUAAUUUUCAUGUUUGCUUUCAGUUUUUGUGAUGUGUUUUUAAGCCACUGCUUUCUUAUUCAAAUGUUUGAGAUAAAUAUUUGUUUUUCUUUCAAUGUACAAAAAAAAAGUACAAUAAUGUAAAAGAUUGAUUUUAACAAAUCUAAUUUCUUAUUACCAAAACCAUUUAGUAUCAAGAAUCCGUCCUUCCACUGGAUUUUAGUGAGAUCACAAGUGGCCCUUAAUUGACGUCCGUCCUGACGUACUUGUCGUGUGGUCAGUGUUGUCAAUUUCUAAUCUGUGGUCACUAGAUAGCCUUGCUGUUGCACCUUUGACUCUAGAGACUUGAGUAUUAAUGUUGUUAGUAUUUAGUAUAAAACGGUUGAAUUGAGGCUGAAUUUUCUUAGUUAAUCUCCGCACCAUUUAAACAAAGAUUUGGGUUCAAACUUCAUUACAUUUAUGGGCUAAAAUGGCUAUUUUAUGAAUAUAUUUCAGAAGUAAAUUAUAUUUAUAAGAUGAUAAUUUUGAAGAAAAAUAAUGAUUUAUUUAAAAAAAAAUUAAUUGAUUUUGGAAGAAAAAGUUAUUGUUUACAAAUGUGCCUUGAUAUAUAUUUUUGCAACUUAAAUGUAUGCAACAUCUUGUUAAUUGAACCUAUGCAAGAAAAAGUUACCUUUGGAAUAAAAGAAUAUUUGCAGUAAAUGAGAAUGACAAAUACCUACUCUAUAAUUUGUGUUUUGCCUAUGUCAGUGGAUGUUUUCUAGUAAUCCACCAAAUAAAACAUAUCAGAUGUACCAUAUCUAUGUAACAUUCCAUUAUAAAGUGUUGUGAUUGUAUUAUAUUUUCCAAACUAUAUUUAUUUCAAAGGAGAAUUUCAAUAAAUGUGAUAUUUUAACAUGAAAAA